CGCCUCAGGCUUGGCCUGUCACACUGCCAGGCCUGCUUGCGCAGCGGGUACACCGCACCAACGAACCAGCUCACCUCUUAGCAAGACUGGGACUUCCAGGGCGAUUCUCACCGUGAUAGGGAAUGAGGUGGCUUGCUUACCCUUAACUUCCUUGCUUGCUCUCCUCCUGGGUCUACCGGCCAUGCCCGGCACCAGCCCUGGGUGAGUGACCCGCCAUGUCUGUCAGUGGCUACACCGACCUACGGGAGAAGCUGCAGUCAAUGUCCGCCAUAGUCCCCGCAGGCGCUAACAAGAGGAAGCACCCGGCUUCAGACACUGAGGAGGAACCGGGUUCUGAAGCCGAGACGCACUCUUUGGCCGGGGAGGAGGAAGCGCGCAAAGUCCGUAGCGGCAUCCGGCAAGUCAAACUCUUCAGUCCGGAGGAAUGUGAGAGGAUCGAAGCUAAGAUAGAUGAGGUGGUAUCCCGGGCCGAGAAGGGGCUGUAUCGGGAUCACACUGUGGAUAGGGCUCCGCUGAGGAAUAAGUAUUUCUUUGGGGAAGGUUAUACGUACGGUGCCCAGCUCCAGAAGCGAGGGCCCGGGCAGGAGAGGCUCUAUCCUAAGGGGGAAGUGGAUGACAUCCCGGACUGGGUACACGAGCUGGUUAUUCGUCGCCUGGUAGAGCAGAAGGUGAUCCCGGAGGGUUUCGUCAAUAGCGCGGUUAUUAAUGACUACCAGCCGGGGGGCUGCAUCGUGUCACACGUGGAUCCCAUCCACAUCUUUGAGAGGCCCAUCGUGUCCGUGUCGUUUUUUAGCGACUCUGCUUUGUGCUUUGGCUGCAAGUUCCAGUUUAAGCCCAUCAGGGUGUCGGACCCGGUGGUGUUUUUACCGGUGAGGAGAGGAAGUGUGACCGUGCUCAGUGGAUACGCAGCAGAUGAAAUUACCCACUGUAUCCGACCGCAAGACAUCAAAGAAAGACGUGCUGUUGUCAUACUUAGGAAAACAAGGACAGAAGCACCAAGACUAGAAACACAAUCUCUAGGCAACAUUUACCAGCCUGAGCGGUUGUCUGGGAGCAACAGACAGCAUAUUCUGAAACCAAAGCGCUCCCAUCGCAAGGCCGACCCAGAUGCGGCUCACAGACCUCGUAUUCUAGAAAUGGAUAAAGAAGAGAACAGAAGAUCUGUACUUUUACCAAAACAAAGGAGAAGAAAUCAGUUCAGUUCAGAGAACUAUUGGCGAAGGUCUUACGAAUAUGUUGACACAUACUCAGAAGUGGGAGAUGACGAAGGCAGCCCUCCCCGUAAAGUUAAAAUGAGGCGACAUUAAGGCAGCUGUGGCAGGCGCUAAGUUUGACUUUUUUGACACUUCCUUAACCGUUGCUCCUUGAUAUCCACCUGGAGCCUUUUGGAAAUAGAGGUUUAAUCCUACGCUCUGUUAUACCACAGAUUUAUUUUUGGUCUGAUCUUUUCUUUCUUACUGUCCAGCGUGUUCAUUGAGCUGUAAGCAGAGUCGGAAAGCUGCCAGGAGGAGGAAAGCUCCAGAUACUGAGAUUGUGGCUUUGAACGUGACCUUUGAACUUUUGUGGCAAGUUAUGGGCUAUACUGCAACAUAGCACAUAACCGAGGAUGCCUAAACUAAAUCUAGCUGCUUGUAUGGGAGUAUAUGGUUAUCUUGAAAAAGAUUUCUGAUGAUACACCAACAAUAUCCAAGGAACCAUUUGGUUAAAAAUGUUUCUAUAUAUUUUGUUUAACAGUUGUUUUUUUUUUUGUUUUUUUGUUUUUUUCUUCUGUCCUCAGAACUAGAGCAGAAAAUGGUGUCUGUUUCACCCCAAGGUUUAUGGUAGAUUUGUUAUAGGCCUGAUUGCCAAGAGUGUAUAUACUCACCCAGGGAUUACUGUCCUUUUGGGUAUAAUAAAGCCCCAGGCAGUUUUUCCCAAAAAAAUAAAAUAGGAUAUUUCUUAAGAUGUUUUUGACAUGAUUAAAGAUGCUAUAAAAAAGAGAUUCAAAUGUUUUAUUUCACGUAAUAUAAACACUAAUAAAUUGGAUCAGGGUAAAACAUGAAUUUUUAAUAAGAAAAUUGGUCUGGUUAAGCAUUUAAACUCAAAUGCUAUUGUACAGCAAUUUAUCAUUUAUUUUCUCUGUAUCAAAGUACGUGUUACUGAAUAGUGUUUUUACAACUCAACACUAGACAUACCUUUCUCAAUUUCCCAAAAUUCCAAACUGGACAUCCUUGUUCAACAAAGUUUUGUUUUCUUUAGCCAACUCUUUGUCAGGUGAGAGAUGCAAUUUCUGCCUCCCUUGUUUUUAUUUUUUUAUUUUGUCCUGUUGAUAAAUAAACCUUCUAGAUUAUCAUGA